CCAGGCUCCUCCGCGGAGCCGCCGCCCAGACGUGCGAGGGCGAGGCGGAACGAAGGGCCGGAGAGGCUUCCAGCCCGAAGGCAGCGGCACCUUCCCGCCAGGAGCCUCGGCCUUCCCAGCCCCGCGUGGCAUGCAGGAGCCGGGGCCCCGACAGGCUCCGCUUCUCCGUCCGAGCGAGCCGGGCCCCCUCCGCCUCCCGCCGGCCUCGUCGCUGCGGAGCUGCUGGGGGGGGGGGGGAGAUGCCGAGCGGCCUGGAGAAGCGAAAGCUGAGGCUCUGGCUACCGCCGGGCCUUCUCUCGCCCCCUUCACAGCUCUUGGAGACCCCGGCCCCUCCGCCCUUCCUGCUUCGGUCUCUGCCGGGGCUUCCCGGUCCCAUUUCUCGGCCCGAGGACCGCGAUCGCUGCUCCGGAGCCUCGUCUGAGGAGGCGCCCCUGGUGUGAAUCUAAGCGGCCCCCACCCGCAUUUGGCUUGUGGCCUUGGGGGUCCCGUCGCUCUCUGAAACCGCCCCCUCCCUUCUUUGCUUGGGGUUCUGGCCGCAGGGGGGUCCGACCUUGGCCAAUUUAAGACCCCUGAACUUCAGCGCCCAGAAUUCCCCCAGCAGCAGAACUGGACGGAGCCUGAUCGGAACCGGGUCCCGUUUCACGUGGCUCUACAAAACUCUCUGCGGGGACUGCUUCUCCCAGCGGGGCUUCUGGCUUUGCAACCCCCUCCCCAGAAAAUUCAGCCCCGGCGGAUGUUGGCUGAAGGGCUCCUUUCUCCCAAGGCCCCGUCUUCCGCGGUUUCACUGAUACUUUACCAUGUUGGCUUUUUUGCCAUGAAAACCAAGCCUGACCUAGCAUGGCUAUUGGCCUGUUUGAGAAGUGAAUGUUCUAAACCCCAGAGGUAAGCAGGGUCACCUGGUCCAGCCUCUUCUUAAAACACCUUCCAACUGUCAUUGAGGUGGGAGGGGUCACCAGGGGGCAGGUGUCAACCCUCCCCCCCCCAAAUUCCCCCUCUGUUGCUCUCUGGCAUUGGAGGACUGGAGUCUGCAGCCUCCUGGCCAGAUGAGUCCCUGCUCUCUCUGUAGCUCCCAGCCUCCAGGGAAUGAAUAACACAAGGGAAGGGACCUUGGAGGUCUUCCAGUUCAACCCUCUGCCAUUAGAGAGAAUCUCCCCUGAACUGCUCUGAAGCCUAAGUUUCCCCCACCCCCAGAUCCCCCAGGGCAAUUCCACCACCUGCCGGGGCUUCCCUCCUGAGACCCCUUCAAUGUCCCUGCAGUGAGGACCCACUUUCAGGCUCCCUCACCACCCCAAGUUGCCAUUCUCGGCUGGGGUGUUGCGGGGGGGGGGGUGUUUAGACGUGUGACUUCUUUCACCUCCUCCCAGCCAACCAGGUUGCACGAUUCUAAAUUCAUAUUUUCCCCACAAGUGCAGAAGUUGACAUUUGUCCCUGCCAACCCUCAUCUGCUUGUCUCACCCACUUUUCAUGGCCGUCCUUCCCCUCCUCUCACUCACGUGCCAGCCCCCCCCCCUCCUUCCUUCCGAUGGGAUCCCUGAGAGCCUCUCCUGCCUUUGCAAAGCUUCCGGAGGCCAAUUGAAUGACUGUGUGCCAGUCAUCCGCUCUGAGCCCUAGGAAGGAGGCAAUGGCAAAGCCCUUCUGAACAACUGUGCCCAGCGGUCUCUGAGAACCCGACACGACCGAAGGGAAGGGGGAAAUAGUGGGGCACAGGAUGGGCGGCUUCCUUCAUCCUGAUUUCGUGAACGGAUCCUAUUUGGCUGGGAUUGCAGGACGUACAGAAUCCUGGUGUUCAAGGCAGCUGCGGGGGCUGAAUUUACACGCCCUUGUGGCUUGAACACCAGGGCCAGAGAGCCCCCAUAAAUCCAGUCUGUGACUCACCCAGCCUCUGUCGAACUCUGCCCGAGAGGAGCUGCCGAGGCCUCCGGGCCCCUCUGCCAGCAGGGGUGGGGGUGGAGAUGCAGUGCAGCUGUGGGCCCCCCACCCGAGAUCCGAAGUUCUACAACUGCUUGUUGUGCCUCGGUUCUAGAAGGCGGCCUCUGGAAUGCCUGGGCCAGCCGGUCACUGUGGAAACUCCUCUGUCCAGAGCAACAAGGCACCCCUUGGACUGCCACUCCUUGUGCUUGGCCAGUGGCAGCACCCACCCAGAAGAUGAGAAGGGCACCGUGCUAAGAAGGACCCACGCGCUGUGCUUGCCCCCCUUGCAGAGCUGAUGUGUGUGUCUGAACUGUGCUUCUGCCGGCCUCGCCCCCAGCCCUGCGGCAGCCCCUCCUCCAGCAGCCCCCUCAGCCCGGCCCCCGUGCCCCCCCCUCCUGGGUCACUUCGGGGCCAUGAAGAGCUUCUCGAAGCGCGAGGCCGACCGGAGGACGUUCUUGGAGCAGGUCCGGGAAAGCAAGGAGAAUGGCUACCUCCUCUCUUCCAAAAAAAUCGGGUCGGGGGCUUUCUCCAAAGUCUAUCUGGGUUACGCCACCCAGGAGAAGAUGAUGCAGAACUACAAGCUGGCUUCAGACCUCAGGAAUAAGAGGCACUCUAUGGUUGCCAUAAAGAUAAUUUCAACAGCAGAGGCACCGGUGGAAUAUACCAAAAAGUUCCUUCCUAGAGAAAUCUACUCCCUGAAUGUUACGUACAAGCACCUAAAUGUGAUCCAGCUCUAUGAGAUGUAUCGGAACAGUAAGCGCACCUACCUGGUGCUGGAGUUGGCCUCCCGGGGGGACCUCCUGGAGCACAUCAACGCCACGUCUGACCGGAGGGAGUAUCCUGGCCUGGAGGAGGAGGAGGCACGGAGGCUUUUCCGACAGAUUGUCAGUGCUGUUGCCCAUUGUCACAACGUUGGCAUUGUCCACAGAGACUUGAAGUGUGAGAACAUUUUAUUGGAUGAACGUGGCUUCAUUAAACUGACAGAUUUCGGCUUUGCCAACCGCUACUCCUUGAAGAAUUCUCUGAUGAGCACCUUCUGUGGCUCUGUGGCCUACACCGCCCCCGAGAUCCUCAUGAGCAAGAAAUACAAUGGGGAGCUGGCUGACCUAUGGAGCCUUGGGGUGAUCCUCUACGCCAUGGUGACAGGGAAGCUCCCCUUCAAGGAGCGCCAGCCGCACAAGAUGAUCCACGUCAUCAAGCAGGGCCUGGCCUUCCGGCAGCCGAUCUCACCAGAAUGCCAGAAUCUCAUCGAGGGCCUGUUGCAGCUGAAGCCGGCGGCCCGACUGGGGUUGCAGCAGGUGGCCACGCACCGCUGGAUGCUCCCGGCUACCUCGGCCAUCUUCCACCGGGUGAUGAGCUCCAUGGGAGUCCAUCCGGAGUGCUCCAUGGGCCAAGAGAAGCCUCAGACGGCACCAGGCGACGUUGGCAGCCCUUCGGCCCAGCUGCCGGACCUCGAGAGCCCCGCCAAGAGCGCCGAGGGCCAGGCCAAGGAGAGCAAGGUCCUGCCGCCCGCCCGCGCCUCCUCGGCCGCGGGCGCUUUCCCGCCCCGGGCCAAAGCUGAGAAGAAGAGCCCGCCGGUCACGCCAGCCAACUGCGUGCUGCAGCUGCCCUCGCCGCGCAAGACGGAGCGCCCGCCGCGCCUCUCGCUCUACCGGCCCAGCCUGCUGACCACCCUGCAGCCCUUCCACCACCUGCCCAACUUCCGCAAGCCCGGCUCGGGCUUCUCGGCCAGCGCCUACGUGACCAGCAAGCGGCUCGGGGAGAAGGCGCCCGCCCGCGCCGCCGGCCUGGGCAGCGCCUCGCCCAGCCUCUCCAAGCAAGUCCACUCCCUCUACAGCAUGACGCCCUGCCCGUGACGCGCCCGUCCCACUCGCGGCGGCAGCCCGGCCCGCCCGCCUGCCCGGGGCAGCGCUCGGCCCGACGCCCGGGACCCCCGUCGCCGUCGCCGGACGAGCCCAUUAAAGCUUAUUCAGAGUCGCCCCGGGGUUCCGCCUGCUGCGAUGCGUGCGCCCCGCGGCGGCCCCGGACCUGAGAGGCGGCUGGCCGGCCGGCCGGGCCCCGGCGCUGCUCUUCGCCUGUCGGCACGCGCGCUUGUCCGCUGUUUCUGCAUAUACA